UUUUUACUUUUUUUUUCCUAUCGAAAUCUAAAUUCUCUUUCUCUCUCUCUCUCUCUCUCUCUCUGUAUUCUAUCCAAUUCUCUGUCCUUCGCCGUCAACCGCCAAUUCCCUCCAUUUCAAAGCAAACCCCUCUCGCCUUGCGUUUCCAGAAAUGUAGCUGGAGCCACUUAAUACUGAUCACUGAAGGCCUUAGAUAAUUGGGUGUAUUAUCUGGUUGUCUGGACUUCAAAUUAAAAUUUCCGCCUACCCAAAUAUUGCUUGCACCACCGAGGAACUUCCCAUAAACAACAUAUUUUACUCUUCAUAUUGGUUUAAUAUGGCAGAAAUCGACAAGGGGGUAAUUAAACCCGAGAUGUUGAAGCCCUAUGUUUGGCUUCAGACUUCAGAUGGUUCAAUCCAACAAGUGGAACAUGAAGUUGCAACAGUUUGCCCUCUGAUUUGUCAAGAAAUAAUACACAAAGGCACUGGAUCUUCCAAGAAUUGUGCAAUAUCUCUUCCUCAAGAAGUCAGUCCUGCGAUGCUGAGCUUAAUUCUUGAUUAUUGCCGUUUUCAUCAACGACAGGGUCGCUCAAACAAGGAAAAGAAGUCCUAUGAUGAGAAAUUCAUUAAGAAAGACACAAACCAGCUCUUUGGGUUAGUUAAAGCUGCAGACAGCCUUCAGUUGAAGUCAUUGGUUGAUCUUACAAGUUGUGCAAUUGCUCGAGUAAUGGAAGGAAAAUCUCCUGAGGUUAUACGUGAAAUGUUUCAUUUGCCAGAUGAUCUUACCGAGGAAGAGAAGUUGGAGCCCUUUAAAAACAUAACUGAUGACCCAAGGAUCAGGCUUUUGAACCGUUUGAAUGCCAAAAAAUUGAAAGAACUAAAAGAGCGUGAAAGCUUAAAGAAUGUUGAAGUCAAAGAUGAGCAUGUAGAUGAUCGUACGGUUGAAGACCUUUUGUCUUUUAUCAAUGGAAAUGAUAGAGAUCAAAAGGAGAUUAAAACUUCUAAGAAUAAAAAAAAGAACAGAAGGAAAAAAGGGCAACAGAAGUUCUCUUCUUUGAAGGAAGCUUCUGAACCAAAUAAGAAGGAGGUUAAUGGUCAUGAUAUCGAAUCCCAAAAUGCUGAAGCUGAUAGAUUUGCCCGGAACUCGAAUUCACAUACCGAAGAUGACGUUUCUGCUCAUAAAGAGAUUGAUGAUGACGAUAUAGAUGAUGAAAUUGAUCCUGCACUAAAGGAAAAAAUUGACAGGGAGGUGGAAGAUUUUGCCCGCCGAUUGAAUUCUGAUUGGCCAGAGAGGAUGCAAGAACUUUUAUCAUCAGGACAAGAAAGGAACACAAUGUUUUUCGCUACCAACAGAACCAGUUUUCUAAGGAGAGCUACAUGACUGGACUCAGAAUGGAAAUGAAUCCAUACAAGCCCACCCGUACAGCCAAAUGGCUUGACCAAUUUUGAGAGAUGCUGACAAGCGCUAGAAAGUGUGGCGUUUCAGUUGUUUUAUUUUUCCCAUUUACUGGUAAAUUUUAUUCUUUGCAGUUCAUUGUUGGUGCUUAGCCUAGGUGCAAUUUAAUGCUGGGGGCUGUCUCUUGUACUUAUAGGAACGAAUAAAAAAGAAUUUUGAGAUUGUAGGAACAUGUUUGUUGUGUGCAAAGCCUUUUGAUUGGUGUUCUCUCGGACUCACCAUAAUGCAGUGUACUGUUAAGUUAAUUUUAAACACAGAUUCACAUUAAUACCCUUUUUUUCUCCCAUCUCCAUUGAGAACCCUCUUCCUCUGGCAGCAACUGAUCAAUCUCCUGCAGCAACAUUUCUCUGAAACUUGUCUGAUGCUUGUUCUGCCACUGUGCUGCUCUCAGACAUGGAAAUUGGAAAGAUUGGUUCUUGAUGGAGGAAAUUUAGUGGGUCACUGUAGCCGAUUGAAAAAUUGGUUCUUGUUGGAGAUAAUGAAAAGGAGAUGUAAUUAGGCAUGUGAGUGAAAGAGGGGCAGAGGUGGUGGAGGAGCCCUCUGUAUCCACAUUUGACGAGGACUUGGUGGUGGCUUGAGGGGUGGAACGACAUGGUGAAAACCGGUGCAGUUGGAUUGGGUGGUGCAAUUGAGGUUGCGAAUAGUGAGUAGUCGGUUGCAGCGCUCUAGGGUUUUGGUUUGCUGUUUGGUUGGGUGAGGAUUUGAGUGGUUGAUGGGGUAAGUUGUUCUAGGGGGUGGGGUUUGCUUUGUCCGCACGCAGUGGGUCGUGGUAUGGGAGAGGUAGGAGUUUGGUUGGAGGGAGGGAGUUGUGGAUUUACUCAGGGUGGAGGUUUUGGGUUCAGGGUGGUGCGGGGGAAUGGUGAUUAUGGUGAGGGCUGCGGUGCGAUUUAGUAUGUGGAGGUUGUGACUGGAUGUCUAUGUGGUCUGCUUAGGGUCGAUUGGGGAUGAGGGCGGUGGAUGUUGGUCGGAGAUGGUGGGCGUUGUUGUGGUGCAAAGGCGUGGUCACAGGCUCAUCGAAGACGAAUCUAAGGGAUUGUGAAAGAAAGGGAGGAGUGGAAGUGAAAAGUAGAAAUGAUCAUUUUUGUAAUUUAGGCGAGAAAAGAAGUUAUUGAACUACGACUACGCUAGCCGUCACCCUUUUUAAUUUGUUACUUUGAGUUUUGAUUUAAAUGCUCAUUUAUAACUUUGAUUUAUGUGGAGUAAAAGAGUUGGUUCUGUAACGUA